AUGGACCUGUCUGUAUUUGCUCGCAAGAAGUCAUUGGAGUCAUCAUCCCUUAGAGAUGCAUACAGAACAUUUACGGACGAGCUGGACCUGAGAGUUUAUGGUCGAGCAGAACUUCAGAACGUGGUGUUUGAGGACGUGUGUACCCUUCUGACGUCCUUCUUAGAGGGGUACAACGUUUGCAUCUUGGCUUACGGACGGACAGGAAGUGGGAAGAGCUUCACCACGCUGGGCCCGCGUUCCAGGGAGGAGCCGGCCCCACUGUCGGAACCCUUCGGCGACUCGGGCAUCGUCCCCAGAGCCACUGGAGGACCCUUCAGGCUGAUUUCAGAAGAUCCGUCAAGGAGCCCCGAGGUGGAAGUUUUCAUAGUGGAAGUUUAUAACAAUGACGUUUUUGACCUCCUGGCCAACGGCAGGUGUCGAGAGGCGUCUGGGUCGGAGCCACAGGUGCCGACAACCCAGGAGGGGAAGGAGAUCUCUGGGCUGACCUACGACUCGGCCGCGCAGGCGGCCACCGCAGCGCCUGCCGACUUCUCCAGAUCUCACCUGCUGACCGCGGUGCCUCUACCACAGCCGCUUCCCCCGCAGCAGCGGCGAGCGGCCGUCUGCGCCCGGACCCAAGGACUCGGGCGGGGGUCCCUGGGCCCAGCCGGCCACAGGGAGCUUGUGUGUGCCAAGCUGUGGCUCGUGGGCCUGGCGGGCAGCGAGCGUGUGGGUGAGAGCGGGAAGCCUUCCCCUGGGGUGUCUGGAGCGACGGGAUCAGCCCUGAGGGAGACUUUGUGCAUCAAACGGAGCCUGGCGGCCCUCACAGACAUCCUGGGAGUGCUGUCGGCAGGCAGAGGCCACGUCCCACAGGAACAGCGGUUCACCCACCUGCUCCAGGACGCGCUCGGAGGUGAUGCAAAGUUACGGGCGAUCAUGGGUGGCCCAGGCCAGAGGCACGUGGCUGAGACGCUGCAGAGCCUGGGGCUUGAAGCCUGA